ACCACCUGUGAAGACGGGAGGUAUUGGCGCUAGCUUUGUACGCACGCAACGAUACAACACACCUACAGCUGGGGAAUGGGUGUGCAUAAAUGCGUUUUCGCGGUUUCUUAUUCACUUGAGAGUGCUUCAACCAUAACCGGAUUUUCUCAAAAGGGUCUUGUGACCUUGGUGACUGGUGGUGCAUCCGGGCUUGGUAAGGCAACUGCAGCACGGCUUGCCUGCCAAGGUGCACAGGUGGCUAUUUUUGACCUGCCCACCUCCAAGGGAGAGGAUGUUGCCAAAGAAGUUGGCAAUGGCUGCAUUUUCACACCAGGCAACGUCACAUCUGAGGAUGAUGUUCGAAAAGCAUUGGCCACCAUUAAGGAAAAGUUCAAGCGCCUGGAUGUCGCCGUGAGCUGUGCGGGUAUCGGUGUAGCCUUUAAAACAUACAACUUCAACAAGGACUUGCCUCAUGCCCUGGAAGACUUCACCAAAGUGGUUAUGGUGAACACGGUGGGGACGUUCAAUGUUGUGCGGCUAGCGGUUGGCCUCAUUGGCAAAAAUGAGCCAGGCCCAGACGGUCUGCGAGGCGUCAUCGUGAACACGGCCAGUGUGGCAGCAUACGAGGGCCAGAUUGGCCAGGUGGCCUACAGCGCAUCCAAAGGGGGCAUCGUGGGAAUGACACUGCCAUUGGCACGAGACCUGGCUUCCCAAGGCAUCCGCUGCUGUGCCAUUGCACCAGGCCUGUUUCAGACGCCGCUUCUGGAGUCGCUGCCUGAGAAAGUGCGCACGUUCCUGGCUGAGACUAUUCCGUUCCCCAAGCGUUUGGGAGACCCCGACGAGUAUGCUCACCUUGUGCAGACCAUUGUGGAGAACCCUUUGCUAAAUGGAGAGGUAAUACGUCUUGACGGUGCGCUCCGCAUGGUGAGCUAGUCAUCUUACGAGGAGGCUGCUUCAAUCAGCACAGUCCUUGCAGGACUCCCAAGUUGUUUUAAUAAAGGUGAAUGCUUGUUUUCAAAA